AUGAAUGAACAAAAAUUAAAAAAAAAAAAAUUUUUAAACAAUUUACAGCAUAAUGUAUGUAAAAAUCAUAAAUUAUACAAUAAUGAUUUUUAUGAACAGUUUGAUAAAUUCCUUUUUAAUUAUAGUGUAUUACUAUUAAAUCCCUCAAAAAAAAAUGAUUUAUUAUGCAGUCAAUUCACUUUCUUAAGCCAUACUAGUCAUUUUUUUAGCAAAGGAAAUGGAAAUAAUUGUAUUGAUAAAGAUGUAAAUUCAUCUAAUUUAUCUUCAAGUUAUAAUGAAAAAGGUACAGAUAUUGAUUUAAGUGAUAUAGAAAUAGAAGAGGAAGCAGAUGCAUAUCUAAAUGAAGAUGAAGAAGAAGAAGAAAUAAAAAAUAAAAUGAAAAAUAACUUUAAUUCAGAUAAUGAAGAUAAUGAAUUACUAAAUAUAAACAUAAAUUUAAAAAAAAAAGAAAUAUUGAACAGUAUGAAUAAGGAAAAACUUGAGAUAGAAAGUAUAAAAAAAAAAGAAGAUAAUCCUUUGAUAAUAUAUGAAGAUUUAAAUGAAUACAUUAAUUUUUUAAUGAUUAAAAAUAAAGAAGAAUUAAAUUACAUCGAUGAACUAUUUUUUUUAGUGAGUCAGUUGCUAAUUCAUUUUAAACAUAAUUUAUAUAGUACUGUCUUAUUUAGUAUUGUAAAAACAAUUAAACAAAUAAAAAGGCAUAUAGAUAGCAUAAAGUAUUUACAAGUAUUAGUUUUUAUAAGUGAUAUAAAAUUUAAUAAAAUAAAAUAUUAUAUUUUUAAAUGUGUCAUUGAUAAAAUAGUACAAACAAAUAUGAAAACAAGAAAUGAAAAAUUAAAAAACGAAAUUUUAUCUUUGUUACAUGAAGCUUUUAUUGAAAAUGGUCAAAAAAAAAGGAUACGUAAAAAAUAUUCCACUUCAAAUUUUAAUUAUUUUUCAUGUACUAAUAUAUCGGAAUGUAUGAAUAAUUUUGCUUGUAGUGUAUUAAUAGAAUUAGCUAAAAAAAAUAUUUAUAUGAACAAAAAAAAUGUGAAUAUUAUAUCUGAGGGUAUCUUUUAUAAAAAUUUAAAAAUAGUAAAAUGUGUUUGUUUUGCCUUAUUGGGAAAAUAUGAUAAUAAAGAAUUAGUUGUAAAAAUAGAAAAAGAAAAAAUAGAUAAAAAUAAAAAGUUGGAUGAAUUAAAAAAUAUUAGUAACCAAACUCAUCAAAAAUUAAGCAAAUCAAAAAUUAAACAGUUACAUUUAAAAAAAGGAAAAAUUCUAGAACAGUUAUAUAAUAAUCAUAAUUCUUCUGAUGAAGAGCAAGUGGAUAAAAAAAAAUUAAACAAAUAUGUUAACUAUACCUUUAUUGAUUUAAUUUAUGAUGCAUAUAAAUUUUCUUCAAAUAUAUUUAAUUUAAUCUGUUCUAAAUAUAAAUUUAAUAAUGGAUCAAUAAAAUUAUUACUAUUAAAUAUUUUAAGUAGGAUAUAUCAAAGAAAUAAAAUUAUUGAAGAAAAUUUUUUUUUGUAUUAUGAAAAUGUAUUACUUCAUUUAAAAAAUAAAAGCACUAUAUCAAAAUAUUUAUCUAUAUUCAUACAGUGUAUUCAUGAUUGCAUACCCCCUUUAUAUAUUCAGAGAGUUGUUUAUGUACUAAUCAAAAAAUUUUUAUGUGAACAUUUAUCGGAAGAAUUCGUAUAUUUAAUUAUAAAUUCCAUUAUAGAAAUAGUUAUUAAAUUUCCUAUUUGUUUAAAUGAAGAAAUUUUUGAAGCUGUAAUUGUUUUUAAAGAUUAUAAAAAUAAACAAAUUUCAACUAUUAUCAGGAGAUUCGUAAAUAUAUGUAAAGAAAUAAAUCCUCAUAUUCUAAAUAAAAAAUAUUUGGAUAAAAAAACAGCUAUGCUAAUUCAAAGUAAAAAGAUUUUGAAUGGUUCAGAAAAUAUGAAUGAAAAAUCGAUUUUGCAGUAUACUUAUUUGCUAGACAAAAAGGCAAAAUAUGAAAAUGGAGAUGUAAAAAAAGAAAAAAAGAAAAAGGAAGUAAAAGGAAAGGAAAAGGAAAAGGAAAAGGAAAAGGAAAAGGAAAAGGAAAAGGAAAAGGAAAAGGAAAAGGAAAAGGAAAAGGAAAAGGAAAAGGAAAAGGAAAAUAAAAAGAAAAAGAAAAAGAAAAAGAAAAAGGAAAAAGAAAAAGAAAAUGGAGAAAUUCUAGAAAAAAAAAAGAGGAAAAGGAAUGAUCAAGAAAACAGGGAUGUCGAGAAUGAAGAAAAAAAAAACGAUUUAUUACCUUUGCAUAAGAAAACAAAAAAAUUAAAAAGAAAAGAAGAGAAAAAAAAGAAGGAAUUAAAAAUAAUAGAAAAAAAUCAGCAAAUAAUAAGUGAACAAAUUUUAACAGAUGAAGAUUUUAAAAAAUUAAAAAAAAUGAAAGAUUACAUUGAAAAUAACAAAAAUAUAGUUUUGUCAGAACUGAGAGAAUUACUUGAUGCUGAAGAUACUGAAGAUAAUUCAGGAAGCGAUAGUGAAAGUGAAAAAGAAAAAAUAAUUACAGAAGAAGAUUUGUUAUAUAAGAAAAAAUUAAAUAAAAAUCAAAUAAUCAAAAUGAAAAAUAAAAAAAAUGAAAAUGAUAGAUUUAAAACAAAUAAAGAAAAAGUAAAGAAAAAAUCUGUUAUGAUGCUAAUACACAAAUUUAAAAAAAAAAAAAAUGCACUCGUAGAAUAUGGAAAGUUAAAGAAAAAAUUAAAGGGAAAAUUAGCAGCAAGAGCAAAAAAAAAAGGAAUUUUACAGAAAAGAAUUAUAAAAAAAUUAAGUAGAAGAAAAAGAUAA